AGCCUUGCAUGCAUGUUCGGACAUAAGCUUGAUACUUCCUUCUCCUCUUUCACAUUAUCGGUCGCCUUUCCUGCCACUUUUCGACAGUAUGGAUGAUGGUCAAGGUCCAUCUUCUUUGGCAUAUGCUCCUUCCUAUGCCGGAAGAUGGUCAAAGCUAAAGCCAGGAUUGGAGAAAGAAUUAGAAGAACAUCUGACUGACAUUUUAGGAUUUGAAGAAAUGACUCCGGUACAAUCAAAUGUGAUCCCACUCUUUCUUUCACAUAAAGAUGUGAUCGUUGAAGCUGUUACAGGCAGUGGAAAAACUCUUGCAUACGUCUUACCGGUUUUGCAAAUGAUUAUGAAACGACAAGAUAGGCUAAAGAAGAAUCAAUUGGGAGCUUUGGUCGUUUGUCCGACGAGAGAAUUGGCUGUACAGGUACAUGGUAUCAUUCAAAGCUUUCUGCUCACAUCGGAUGAGAAAGGUGAAGAACAGCAAGGCGACUCAGAGCCCAGCAACACCAUUGCAGCAAAGGUAUCAGGAGCCCUCUUGGCAGUAGGUGGUUCAACAUCGAAUCCCGGUGAUGAUUACAAAAAGUUCAAAGAGCAAGGCUCCGAUAUAGUCGUCGGAACGCCUGGAAGAGUGUUGGAGCUUCUAGAAAGAACAAGCAUCGACUGCAAAGAGCUUGAAGUCCUGAUUCUUGAUGAAGCAGAUCGACUUCUGGAUAUGGGCUUCACACAAACGCUCACUUCAAUCUUACGCCUUUUACCGAAACAGAGGAGGACGGGUCUAUUUUCAGCAACAAUGACAGAUGCAAUGAAUGAACUCGUUCGUGUCGGUCUACGGAAUCCAGUGCGUGUUGUGGUAAAAGUAGAGACGAAAACGACUGCAAGAGAUUCUAAAAUGAUGAAUGGUUCGACGUCAGUAAACGAUAAACGAACACCGGCAAGUCUGGACAAUCAUUUCAUGAGCAUGCGUGCGGAACAUAAACUUCUUCAGCUAAUUCGAAUUUUACGUGCAGAAUCGAAACGAAAAGAAGACGACCUGCCGAUGCGAAAAGCAAUCGUGUUCUUUGCAACUUGUGCACAGGUGAACUUCUUUUACAAGGUUCUCUCACCUCUUACGCAAAUGGAAGGAUUAAAACUUUACUCUCUGCACGGCAAGCAAACGCCCGUUCGUAGACGUGCAACGUUUGAUGCUUUCGUCUCUGCAACACCUUUGGGCUCAGCAUCCUCGGUUGAAUCGUCUUCCGUUCUUCUUUGUACGGACGUGGCGGCAAGAGGUUUAGAUUUGCCCAAUGUGGAUUUGGUAGUGCAAUUCGAUCCACCGACCGAUCCAAAAGUGUUCAGUCAUCGAUGCGGAAGAACUGCACGAGCAGGAAGAAGGGGUAGGGCGAUUGUGCUGCUAAACAAAGGCAGAGAAGAAGAAUACGUUGACUUUCUCAAAGUUCGCAAGAACCCAGUCAAAAGGUAUGAUUAUCUUUGUGAUGGAAAUGGCGAAGCAUCGAGGGAAGAGCCACAAGAGGUGGAUUCAGGCGCACUACAGUUACACAACGAUAUUCGAAAGCUGAUUAGAAACGAUCGUGCAUUAUAUGACUUUAGCAUGCAAGCAUUCGUCAGCUUUAUCCAGUGUUUCCGCAAACAUGAAGUCUCUUUCGUCUUUCGUGAACGUGAUUUGGAUUACGGUGCGAUCGCAUUCACCUUUGGUCUUUUACGCUUACCACGAAUGCCAGAGAUUGAUCGAUGGCGCAAAAGCAAAGAAGCCGAAUCAACAGAAGGCGAAAAGACUUUGUUGUUCGUUGAGGAAAAUGUUGAUUUGCAAGCAUUAGCAUUUGCCGAUAAAGCUAGAGAAAAGCAAAGGCAAGAAGGUUUAGAAGCAAAGAUGACAGCGCAAAUCGCAAAUGGUAAAGAUUCGAAACCAAAAAAGACAAUAGAAGAAGCUUGGAGUGAACAAAAAGCACGAAAGGAUAGAAAGCAAGACAGAAGGGACAAGAAACAAAGAAAGCGUGCGUUUUUAGCCAAACAAGCAUCUGAGCAAGGUCAAGAGCCUGUCAAUGGACAAGCAGAAGAAACUCAUGAAGACGAUGAUGAUAUGAAUGAUUGGGCAGAAGAGGAAAGAUUAGCCAAAAAACAAAAGAAAGAUCAAUCAAACAAAGAAGACGCAGCCGAUACAUUUCAAUUUGAUGAUCUUUGAUCCGAUCACAUUGUACAACACAGCAUAACCAUUUCACCCUUUAUUUGUAUAGUAGCAUUUCUCAUAUUAAUUGGAAAUAUGAAACAGAAA